UCCGCAAGGUGAUGCACAACCAGAAAGAUUCAAUCGCACUCUUCUUGCAAUGAUUGGCACCAUGGAUAAUGUAAAAAAGCAGUGCUGGAGCCAGCAUAUCAGUCAACUUGUACAUGCGUACAACAGUACAAAAAAUGAUGCCACUGGAUACUCACCGUAUCGACUCAUGUUUGGAAGAGAAGCAAGGCUGCCCAUUGACAUCUGUUUUGGAAUCUCACCGGAUGGUGAGAGUGAGUCCUCCUACCAGCAGUACGUUGUUAGGAUGAGGACGGAUCUGCAGAAAGCAUAUAAGCUGGCAUCUGAAGCCGCUACAAAAAGUCACUUACAAAACAAAGCGCGCUAUGAUCAACGUGUGAGAGAUCAGCCCCUGGAAGUAGGAGACAGGAUCCUCAUUCAAAAUGUUGGGUUAAAAGGCAAGCAUAAACUACAGGAUAGAUGGAAGUCAACCCCAUAUGUUGUUGUGGAGAAAUUACCAAACCUGCCAGUAUACAAGGUGAAACCAGAAUGUGGUCCAGGUUCGAUCAAAAUCUUGCAUCGAGACCAUCUGCUGCCCAUCGGUUACCUGGUCAGGAUGUCAGACUCUCCUGAUGAAGCAGGACCCAUUCGGAGCCCUGUUACCAGAUCAAAACGCAUUCGGCAAAGUCAAAAGAUUACUCAGCCUAGUCAUCCAGCAGAAAAUGUCACACCAUCAUCAGACUCAGAGUUUGAAACUGCCCCUAUUCCUUGGAAUUUUGAUGUGGAUGAGGUCAGGAGGCAACUGGAAAUGCCCAGUCAGAAUCCUGGAGAGGAUGAGAGCAGGGACAGUUCAGAAGAGGAUGAAAGUUUGCAGGAAGAGAGCUCUGAAGUCCAAGAAAAUCAACCAGUUAUAGAAACUGAGAGUGAAGGAUCUUCUGAAAGCUUUGCACCUUCUAGAGCAGACUCUGAUGUACAAGAGACAAAUAAUGACACUGCAGAAGAACAAGAUUUGGAAAGGGGAGCAAGCUCACCCUCUUCCAGUAGAGCCAGAAGUGAAGGCUCCUAUAAAAGUGACAGAUACAGAAGUAAAGAGCUUUCCCCUGUUAGAAAGUCUCAGAGAGAACCAAAACCACCUAUGCGAUUUACCUAUGACAAACCUGGUUCUCCAUCCAGUGAACCAGUUACUAUCAUGCAUCAUGGUAUGGUCAUUCAACUCAAACUAAACCCUCCAAACAAAGUAAGCAGUACACCUAGACAAAUACAUAAAGUGUCCAGAAGGUGUUCAGGGGAUGAGACAAGGAAACAAGGUUCAAAGUCAAAGAGAGGCAAACAGUGUGAUGAGGACAUCUACACGGUUAGAAAGGGGAGGAUGUAGCCCUGUCUAAAAGACAACAGAAUACAGGGCAUAAAAAUCUGUUAAAAAUGUAUAAAUAGUUGUAUAGAAAAGGGCAGUAAAUUCAUUUCAUUAAAUUUAUUUAAAAUUGGAUUUAAAUAGGACUUUAUGCUCAUUGAAAUGUGUCAAAAUUGAUUUAAAACAGUCUAAAAUCGGUUAAAAUACAAAGUCAAAACUGGUUUAAAAUACAUUCAGGGGAUGAAAUGUAUAAAAUUCAUGAAUAGAGUUUAAAAGGUUAUUUAUGUAUGUUUACUAUGUAUUCAGAAGAGUUGUGUUCCUUUAAAACCCCUAAUAUUCAUGGGAAACGUAAUGUUUGGUUGGUUUGAAGUCAGGACAUGUAGACUGCUGUGCACCCUAACCUGUUUUCAAGCUGAAAUGUCAAUCAUUGUGUUUCUGUAUUACCAUUGGUGUAUUAAAAAAUUAACAGCCAAUCCAAGCUUUUCCCUAUGCUAAGGGGCGGGACAAGUGGCGCUGAUACUGUGACGGUUCAGGAAACAUUCACUCGCUGUCGUGCUAAGAACGUAGCGGAGGCAUCGUAUUGUGGAAAACAUUUUAAGUGAAAUAUCUGAAGGUCGACUAACCGUGGUCCCGAUAUUUACUUUUGGUGUGAUCUGCAUGAAGGAGACAGACGUGGACGGAGAGGACGUAGAGGACGGACGGUCGGAGCGUCGACAAGACCCUGCUGUUUCUUCUUUUCUUCUUUUCGCGGUUUUCCCCCCUGUGAUUCCUGCGGACGAGUGAUGAACUGCACAUCAUUUACCAGCUGGCCUUUGUGAUCGUUUUUGCCCCCAGUUCCCCCCUGCUAACCACACAAACUGCUCAUUCGGAUUUUGUAAGUACUAAAACUAACAUUAAUGUGCACAAUUUUAUUUCAUGCUCUACUUUGAGUGAAGCGACCUCACAGUUUCGGGUCCCGCCGCACCCAAGCUCCGAACCAGGCCUGCAACGGGUUCCUUCAGUGUUCUGUAUGUUUGGGGAGUGGAUAUGUGUGUGUGGGCCCACAAUUAUAGGAAACAGUGUGUGAAUUUUGUUCUGACUUUAUAUGAAACUGAUUCAAGAGGAUUGGUUGAUUUAAAAGGACAUCAGUUGAUUUAAAAGUAUUAAAAGGUACAUUAAGCAAAAGGUGGUUAAAACUAUUUAAUUUGGAAGGUAUAUUGUUUGAUUUAAUUUUCUCAGAGAUUUCACUGAAUUACAUUUAUUUUAUUCUGUAUGAUUCUGUUUUUUUUUUAAUAAAAUACCAGUGACAAAUUAUUGUAAAAAUUAAAUGUUGAGUUGCUGUGGUUCUUUAGUAGGUUAACUAUAUACAUAAACUGACACCGAACUCAG